UUGUCAAAUGUCAACGCUUAGAAGUAAUUCGUUUCAGUGUCUUAAGCUUUUAUUUUAGUUAGUGUAAUAAACGUAACUUCUAAUUUGUUUUUCAAAAUUUUUUAGCAUACAGCUAAAUUAUCUUAUUGAAAAAGUAUGUUGCGCACUAAAAUUCAUAUAGCGCUAAGCGCUAUCGGUGCAAUAUUAGGAUUGUCUGCUUUUAUAUGUUUUUGCAUUGUGUAUGCAAACAUUGAAGCUGGUAUGUGGGCGUUAUUGUCCGGUAUACAUGCAUCAUUAAGUUUUAUGCUGCAUUGCCACUAUCUGAAAGAGUCCUUGCAUGUCAACUUUUCCAGAAAGUCUCUCCAGUAUUUAGGAGAUUUUGGCAUGGUCGGUUUUGUCUCUGGAACAGCGCUUACACUAUUUUAUUUGUUUUUAGAAAUCUAUUAUAAAGCUGAUAUACUACCCAUACAAACAAGCAUAAUCAUCCGCAUGAUAUGGUCCUUCAUGAUGCUUAAAUGGGGUCUCUUGUUAUACAUAUUUACAAAAAAAUACCUACGCACCUAUAAUGAUCACCAGCUAUUCUCUGAAAACCCACACAUUGAAGAAACAUAAUUGUAACAAUUUUAAAUUUAUUGUUUGAAUAAUAAUCACUUUGAUGUAGUUAAGUAGUAAGAUAAGUGAUUAUUAUACUACUACUAAGCUAUCUCAAAAACAUAUUAUAACAUUUGUGUAAAUAAAUGUAUCUAGUUUAUAUAUUAUGGUAUUGCGAAUACACUUUAAAAUGUAUCAUUGAAUUAUAGUUUGAAUAAGGAAUAAAUAAAAUAAUGGCAACAAUUCUUGUAAUAAGAGUGCAUCUUGCCUUAUUAUUUUCUUUUUUGUACUAUUUAAUACAUUUUCAUACCUUGUCUUUUUUACUUUAAUGUUUAAAUAAUUACUUAUGAAUUGAAAAUUUACUGUACUUGUUAUUUAAUUCUUAUCUAUUUUAUAUAUAUAUAUAUCUUUAUUAUUUUUAUACACUUAAAAACUACUUAAACAUUAUUUAUUAAAUCAAUGUUUAUCCUAAUUUUUCAUUUAUUUAUAUUUAUUUGCGGCAUGGAAAUAAAUGAAAAAUUUUGCUUGUAACUUUGGCUUAAUUUUGCUUGUAAAUGCUUACGUUAGAAUAAAAUUUUGUGAUAAAAUUGAUUUAUAUCUGUAAUUUAUAUGAAAUUGACUGAAAUUGAAAAUAAAUGUAGUGGUAUUAAAAAUGCUUUAUUAUUGUUUUUUUUUUUAAAUAUUGGAUGGUAAGUUUUGUAGCUCUUUUGUUUUUAGUUACAUGAUUAAAGUUUGCAGUAGUUUUUUUUUUGCAUUUACUUUCUAAAUUACAUUAUUGUAUUUUGGUUUUGAUGGAAUCUUCAUAAAGAAAAACCAGGGUAUGACUUAAGGCAUUAUUUACGUUAACUAGUUAGUGGUGAUAGUAAAUGUCUCAACCUGAAAAUCUUAUAAAUAGUAUUACUGUUAAGAUUGAAAAUUUUAUUUACUAUUUAUUAUCUUUACAUGAUGUGUAUUGUGAUUAGAUAAAUAGAAAAAAAAAACUUGUUU